UACACAAGUUCAUCACAUUUUCGUGACAAGUGCUAGCUGAAAGCAUAUUUUAAUUUUUUGAAAUCUUUAAAGUCAUUUCUGUUUGUUGUAAAAGUCUUUACCGAAAUUAUAAUGAAUUCCGGAAUGUCUACAAAUUUAACUGUAAAAAUUCAUCCUGUUGUAUUAUUUGCGAUUUGCGAUUCAUAUGAAAGGCGAAAUGAUUCCCAGCAUCGAGUUAUUGGGACUUUACUAGGUGUGCAUGAAAAAGGUGCUGUUGAAAUUACUAAUUGCUUGUGCAUUCCUCACAAUGAAUCUGAAGAUGAGGUUGCUGUUGAUAUGGAAUUUGCAAAAGCUAUGUAUGAACUUCAUAAAAAGGUUAAUCCUAGUGAAGUUAUAGUUGGAUGGUAUGCUACUGGAGCAGAUGUUACCGGACAUUCUGUUCUUAUUCAUGACUAUUACAGUCGAGAGACUACUAAUCCAGUUCAUCUUACGGUAGACACAUCUUUAUCUGAGGGUAGUGUUACAUGGAAAGCAUUUAUGAGUAUUAAUUUUGGAGUCCCAGGAAAAAAUAGUGGUACUAUGUUUACUCCUUGCAAAGUAGAGGUUGUAGGCUAUGAGCCUGAACUCGUUGGAAUGAAAAUUGCACAACAAACUAAGCACAACAAGCAAAGAAGUGUGGAAAUAUUACCAGAUUUGGAUCUCAUCAGCAAUGCUGUUCAUGAAAUGUUAGAAAUGUCUGACGUAGUGAUUGCUUAUGUUGAUGAUGUUUUAGCAAAUAGAAAACCUGCUGAUAAUACAGUUGGGCGCACAUUGAUGGACAUUGUCCAGAGUGUACCUCAGAUGACACCUGAAGAAUUUCAAGAUAUGUUAAAUUCAAAUAUGAAGGAUCUACUUAUGGUUAUUUAUUUAGCUCAGCUUACUAAAAGUCAGCUUGCUCUACAUGAAAAAAUAAGUUUUUUGUAACUUUAUUAAUUUGAAUAAAUAAUUUUAUCAAUGUU